GCCGCCAUUUUGGACGUCAGGUUUGUUCCUCCCUCCGUCGCAAAGAGAGAGAAUAUUCCAGUUUUUUUCCGGUGUCAUUACGGCCGAGCAUGCCAGCUCCAAUUAGGUUACGGGAGCUUAUCCGGACAAUCCGGACAGCCAGAACCCAAGCAGAAGAACGAGAGAUGAUUCAGAAAGAAUGUGCUGCUAUUAGAUCAUCUUUCAGAGAAGAAGACAACACAUAUCGUUGUAGAAAUGUUGCAAAGCUGCUUUAUAUGCACAUGUUGGGAUACCCUGCACAUUUUGGCCAGUUGGAGUGCCUCAAAUUAAUUGCAUCUCAGAAGUUUACAGAUAAACGAAUUGGAUAUUUGGGUGCCAUGUUAUUAUUGGAUGAAAGGCAAGAUGUGCAUCUGCUCAUGACAAAUUGUAUUAAAAAUGAUCUGAACCACAGUACACAGUAUGUACAGGGCCUUGCACUGUGCACCCUUGGCUGUAUGGGCUCUUCAGAAAUGUGUAGAGACUUAGCAGGGGAAGUUGAGAAGCUACUUAAAACCUCAAAUUCCUACUUAAGAAAAAAGGCCGCACUGUGUGCUGUUCACGUUAUUAGAAAGGUGCCUGAACUUAUGGAAAUGUUCCUGCCAGCUACAAAAAACCUAUUAAGCGAAAAAAAUCACGGUGUCCUCCACACUUCUGUAGUUCUUCUCACAGAAAUGUGUGAAAGAAGUCCGGACAUGUUAGCACAUUUCAGAAAGAAUGAGAAGCUUGUUCCCCAACUAGUCAGAAUCUUAAAAAACCUCAUCAUGUCAGGAUAUUCCCCAGAACAUGAUGUUUCUGGAAUUAGUGAUCCUUUUUUACAGGUUCGGAUAUUGAGAUUGCUCAGAAUCCUUGGUAGGAAUGAUGAUGAUUCCAGUGAAGCUAUGAAUGAUAUUCUUGCACAGGUUGCGACCAACACAGAAACAAGUAAAAAUGUAGGAAAUGCAAUCCUAUAUGAAACAGUUUUGACAAUAAUGGAUAUAAAAUCUGAAAGUGGUCUAAGGGUUUUAGCUAUUAACAUCUUGGGGCGUUUCUUAUUAAAUAACGACAAAAACAUUAGAUAUGUUGCAUUGACAUCACUAUUGAAGACGGUACAGACUGACCACAAUGCUGUACAGAGACAUCGGAGCACUAUUGUUGAUUGUUUAAAAGAUUUAGAUGUAUCCAUAAAGAGACGUGCCAUGGAGCUGAGUUUUGCUCUUGUGAAUGGGAAUAAUAUUCGUGGUAUGAUGAAGGAACUACUAUAUUUCCUGGACUCGUGUGAUCCAGAAUUCAAAGCAGAUUGCGCAUCUGGGGUCUUCCUUGCAGCAGAGAAGUAUGCUCCCUCAAAGCGAUGGCAUAUAGACACUAUUAUGAGAGUUCUAACCACGGCUGGGAGUUAUGUAAGAGAUGAUGCAGUGCCGAACCUAAUACAGCUUAUCACCAACAGUGUAGAGAUGCACUCUUAUACAGUACAGAGACUUUACAAAGCACUGAUAGAGGAUAUCUCACAGCAACCACUUGUGCAGGUGGCAUCAUGGUGUAUUGGUGAAUAUGGUGAUUUGCUUGUUUCUGGUCAUUGUGAAGAAGAGGAGCCAAUUCAGGUUUCAGAAGAUGAAGUUCUGGACGUUUUAGAAGGUGUUCUGGUAUCAAAUUUGUCAUCUUCUGUAACAAGGGGUUAUUCCCUCACAGCAAUCAUGAAGCUUUCCACUAGAUUUUCUAGCAGUGUAAAUCGAAUUAAGAAAAUCGUUUCAAUAUAUGGAAGCAGUAUAGAUGUGGAGCUUCAGCAGAGGGCAGUUGAGUACAAUGCACUUUUCAAGAAAUAUGAUCAUAUGAGGUCUGCCUUACUAGAACGAAUGCCAAUUAUGGAGAAGUCAACAACCAAUGGUCCUACAGAUAUCAUUCAAACAAAUGGUGAAGCUGAGCCUUCUGUUUUAGAAAAUAAACAUAUUACAGGAGGCCAUCAACCAGCCAGUCAGGCAAACGAUUUGCUAGAUCUUCUAGGAGGAAGUAAUGUCAUGCCUGUCAUUCAGACUGCUGCUUCAACAAAGCCAGCAUCAGCUGGUGGAGAGCUUCUAGACCUACUUGGAGAUCUCACUCUUUCAGGGGGUCCAGUAACAGUGCCUACGGCUCCUCUUUCAGUGUCUCAGACUCCUUUCUUGCUGGAUGGCUUAGGACCUCAGCCUUUGUUUAAUGAUGUUACAGCAGGUAUUCCACCCAUGACAGCCUACAAUAAAAAUGGUUUGAAAAUAGAGUUUACUUUUGAAAGGUCCAACACAAAUCCCAAUAUUGCAGUAAUUACAAUACAUGCCUCAAACUCAACGGAUGCCGAGAUGACAGAGUUUGUAUUCCAAGCUGCAGUACCAAAGACAUUCCAGCUGCAGCUGCUAUCUCCCAGUAGUAAUAUUGUCCCAGCAUUGAACACAGGAACAGUGACACAAGUCAUCAAAGUGCUCAACCCACAGAAGCAACAACUUCGGAUGAGGAUCAAGCUGACCUAUAUGCAUAAAGGUUCUUCUAUACAGGAUCUGGCAGAAGUCAACAAUUUUCCUGCACAGUCUUGGCAGUGAUUACUUUGCUUUCUUGCACACCUAAAAAGGAAACUUUUUGAAAAGAUCCUACUGAAUGAUCCCAUAUGAAGACCUCUCUCAAAAAGCAACCUUGGGAUGCACAGGGAGCAAUGGAAUCUUUCUGACAUGAAAUAAUGUUUUUGGAAAACAUAUCCAGUAAAAACUACUAGAUUGAUUGACCCUUCAUCUUUGAAGAAGUCUACUGACAAUAAGUUUAUUUCUCUGUCUCCCAACAUACACCAUAUGUCCUUUUUCUCUCUGUUUGCUGUCAGGUUGCAUAAUUGACUUGCAUCUGUUUAAUCCUUAACUGUUAAUAAGUGCACAGCAACUGAAAAGCCCUUGCAGAUAUGAUCUAUUCUGUCAGUUAAUUUAAGUUUGUGGUGGGGUCUUUGCUGCUUUUUAUAAGAUUUUUGAAUCUUUAAGUUGUGUGAAAAUAAAUGAUGGGGACAUUUUUGAGCAAAUUCUCCCCUAAUUUUUGGCACCUAAAUUAUAUGUUUUGACCAACAAUUCAUUUUCUGCAGCCAUUGUUCUUAACCUGUAAACAAAAAUAAUGAUUUUAAAUUACAUAUUAUACUACUAUCUUGGCCAUUUACUGUAGCUGGGCUGUGUCUUUUGUUUUUUGAUUUUUUUCUUUUUCCAUAUUUGAAUAUGAAGAUUUUUUACAUCUGGCACAAAGAAAGACAUUUUGAAUGACAUGUCUCUAGAAUGACAGGCAGAGUUGCAUUUCAGUGUAAUUUCAUUGGUAUACAACUGCAUUAUAAUGCUUUUUUAAAAAACAUGUAGGAUUGAAAAUAUUUUUAUUUUCACUAAAGAAAGAAAGGAAUCUAGUUUUUGAAUUAAGACAAAUAACGCAUGAUGUUUUCCUCCAUACUUUCUGAAAAUUACAUGAAAGGUGCCACAAAGUGUAAUUUUCUCCUUUUUGCAUAUACUUGUUAACACGGGUCCGUACAGUAAAAACUUUGCGCUACAGCUUUCACUUGCAUCCAGUAACAUCUUGGAAAGGGGGUGCAACUGUUGUUAUGAAAGAGAAAAAAUCUCUUGUAAAAUAAUUCACAUUGUCUUUACUGUUCAUCCAUUGACCUUUCAAUGGCCAGCUAUAUUUAAGUGGGCCAGUGCCCCUAAUUGUAAACUUCAGUUUAUUGGAGAAUGUAGAUGCUGUUGAGUUAUUUCACUGGUUUCAUGUAAAUUUUGUGCUAAUAGAAAAAGCAUCAGACUAUUUUCUUUAUGAACAGUGCAGCUAUGCUUUCAAUGUACAGAUGUGCAGUUUAAUCUAAAGAAUUCAAUAAAAUGUUUUUCAGCUAAAAAUGUAUAAGUUAAAAUUUGCCUUUAAUUGUAGAGAAUUCUAUUCACGAAACUUGUCUCUUCAAUUUAUUUAAAUAGCCCCAUGUUUGCAGCUUGGCAGCAUAGAUAUAUCUGUCAAUCUGGUUAAGUAAACCAAGCUAUGCAGCUUCAGUUUUCAUUUUUUUAAGCAUUCGUUAACAAAAGCAGUCUUUGUAGAUGAACAUUUGAAUUGACUUUGAAUGUAGUGUUGGUACUUUUUGCGUUUCUGUGAAUUAGUUUUUGCACCAUCAAGGUCACAUAUUUCAUCAUCAGGCCAUUGUAACAGUUUUAUUAGGACUGUACUACAGUUCACAUUUGACAUUAAAAGAACUGAACCUUUUUUUUUUUUUAAUUGGGAUGUUUUAUAUUUAGACAAAUCUAUGCUGAAAAUAUUGCAGUUGCUAAAAUGAGUGCCUUUAUUAUUGUGUAGGCAGUAUAAACUCUUAAGUGCUAACUGCACUUAUCUGAAUUCAGUAUUUGUUUUUUUUUGGGGGUUUUUUUUUUUGCUCAGACCCUUAAAUAUUUAUGGGUGGAAAGAGGUAUAUAUUACUUUUACAUUAAGAUUGGCUGUAGUGGCCUCAAUAUUGUUAGUCUAAAAGUGAUACAUGUGGCAUUGGUUGGUAAAUUUGUUUAUAGGCAGUCUUAAUUAUAAAUUUAGAUAAACCUCUGCAUCUGAAAAUUUCCUUAAGUAUAGCAAAAAGAAUUUAUUUUCUCUUAUAAAGAAAUGAUUAUUUCAUACUGUCUCUUUGCAUUCCUUCAAUUUUUUGUUUAUUUCAAUGUAUAUUUUUAUUCUAAUGCCAGCUUUACUUUGUUUUUCUUUGUGUGAUUUUGCAUUGUAGCUUAGCUGUCACAAAACAAUUAAAACAAUAUUUGUAAUACCUCACAAAACAGUUGCUUAGAGCUUACACUUUAUAAUGUGCAUUUUAUAUUUAGAAGAUAAUCAAAUAUUUGGGAGAAGAAAUGGUAAGGUAAAGUUGUGUCACUGAAUGAAUGACCUUUCAUAACAGUAAGUGCAAUGACCAAAGUAAUGUUAAAACGUCUAAUAUUCAUACCAUUUGAGCUUAGAAUAAAGUUCAAGAAAAUUGGUUCAGAAAAAAUGCUGGUAAGUAGUGGCCUGCAGUGAUUGAUAUUCCAUUUUGUGUGUAUAUGUAUAUUUAGGUCUUUUUCUAAUAUACUAGUUAGUCAGGUUCCCUAAAUCUAAUUUUGCAAACAGAUGAAAAUAUAGUAAUAUUCAAAAAUGAUUACAUUAAGGAUUAGUUUUCUUUUAUAACCUAGUUGGUUUGUUAAUUAGGUGGGUUUUCAUAAACCUUUUGUAUAUUGCAAAGAAAAAAAGAUAAAAGACAUUAGCACCUGCUACAUACUUGUAUAUUGUAAAUAGCUGUACAAAAUAUUGCUGAAGCUAAUCCCAUUUCAAAGUUUGCUGAUAUGAUUGCCUGUAUCCAAAUGUAUAAAUAAUUCACAAUCAUAGCUUAUUGAACUACUGAAUUAAUCAAUUGUUGAUUUUAAAGAAAGGUCCUUUUAAUGCAAAUUUGCAUUAUACUCAAAGUCAUUAGCAAACGCAAACGUUUCACAUUAUUGUCUUCUGGUUCAAAACUCUUCAUUAGUAAUUAAUGUGGAAACCGUUGAAAGUACAAGAGUCAAGAGGUUGCUUGCCUAACAGCUUGAUUAUAAGAGCUGUGCAGUUGCUUAUAAAACUGUGACUCUUUAUAUGUAUGAAUUAUUUCCUUGGUGUAUUCUCCUAAGAAAAUGUUUCACCCCCCCUUUACCAAUGCAAUAAGAGUUUACCUCAAAACAGUCCUAUAUUUUACCCUUAACCACAUUUUUGUAUCCCACACAGUCUCGUUCAUUCUCUCUGUUAAUGCUGAUAAUUUAAAGUGCUGCAUUCCCAAAUUGUUUAACAGUUGUUAUUAUUAUUAUCAUUAUUAUUAUUAUUAUAAACAGUUGAUUGAAGUGGUCCUUAGAGAUAUGUAAUCUUCAUGUCCCAGGCUCUAUGUACAUUAGCUAUUUUUAAUGCAGAUACAAGAUUAUGCUGAGAUGUAAAUUAAUUUUAAUGGCAGAACAGUUUGCUGAGAUGUAAAUGAAUUUUAAUGGCAGAACAGUUUUUUGUUUAAAGUGAUCUACUUUCUUGCCAUUCAUGGACUUUCUUAAUAUGUUUGUUUUUAUUAGAUAUUCAUUCUGUCCCUACUAUGCAUUUUGUUGUUUUGAUCUGAACUUAUAUUGGUAAAAUUAAAUGUCAUCAGUCAAACAGAGAGGAUGCACUGUUUACACCUUCAAGACAAUAAUCAUGUAAUUAAAAUAUUCAUAGUGUUUUUUUCCCCCUUUGGAUUUUUUGGGAGUUUAGGAAUUUUUACUGUCUGUACUUUUAAGUGACAACAUUUCGCAAAUAUCAGUGAGAAAUGGAAAGCUGACCACCAUCUGUGAUGUAAAUAUUUGGGGUUGGGGGCCAAUAUGCAUUUUAGUAUACAGUAGAUCAGAAAAUUUAAAUGCAAACAUACCUGAUUCCUUUCUUUCUGUCAUGUGCCAAGAACUGGUUUUUAACAGAUUUAUAAUGCUUCACCCGAAUUGGUAUUUGAGCAGGGUUUUUUAUUUGUAUUUUGCCCAUUAUUACCACUUCAAGAGGAGUCUGACCACCAGUCUUGCAUAACAUUUGUCAAAGAUUUUUAGUGCUGUUCAGUAAAACUUUCAAAGAUAUAAUCGUUAUCGCAUACAUGGAGUAAAACAUUGAAGAAGCAUCAUUUACCAUCAUUUCUACAUAUUCUGCCAUUUUUUAUUGAGAAAAGUUAAAGAUGUGGACUUUUUUUCUUUUCAUGGCCUAUUUCAAUAUGGUUUUAUGUUUAGUAUGGGUAAAAAUGCUUUGGUCUCUCUUUUUGUUGCCUUUGCAAAAAUGUUUGUUUUAAAAUAAUCUCAGAAUAGGUUUUGGAAUUGUACAUGUUUUAUGGAAUCAGGUGAUUUUUAAUUUUACCAUUAAUAACAAAUUAUUUUCAUGAUUGACAACUUUGUUAAUGGACAAGUGAGACAUCUGUUGACAUAUUUGCAUUAUUUUGUACAAGUUAGUACAUCCAUUCAUAUGUGCAUGUAUCUCCCAUACUGCUCAAGGUAAAAGGUGCAACAUAAGGAUGAGUUGCAGUAGUUCACACUCCGAACUGCAUGUGAGUACCAGUGUGUAAAUAGUCACCUUUCUGCCUUUUCUCCCUCUCAGUCUUUUUAAAACCGCACUGAGCCAGCUGACCUGCAAUGUGAAAGUAUGUUAGAAGCAGAAAAGUUGACUAUACUUUAAACUGUUCAAAUGAAAAAAGAAAUGUUUCUGACAAAUCAAAAGUGUGCAGUCUCCAUUUCAUUUUAUGUGAAUAUUUUCAAUGGUUUUAUGUAUUUUUCUCUUUGGACAAGGAAUUGCAGUCUUAGUGUGCAGAGAACCCUGGCAGCAGACCACUUUUGUUUUAAAAUUAAUAACAAAGUAUAUUCCUGUACUUGAAACAGUCUUAAACAGUUUAUAAUACACACCUUUGUUUAUUUUCACAAGAAAUUACUGGUCAAUAACUUAAUAAAGCUGUAAUUUUUCAAGUCACUUCCUUGACAUAACAAAUUUGAACAUCUUUUAAACUACAAGUGAAUGAAAAUGUCAGGAUUAAAUGAGGAGUUGUACAAAAGUAAGUCUGUGUUACUGUCUUUGGGUUUGGAAAAAAGAAUAAAAUCUAUGAUCACUGACUAAUAAAAGCAAAUACAUUCAUAGAUUGUUGUGAGAUGAUUUUCCCAUUUGUUUCAAAAUUAAACAUUCACUGUGCAGAGAAAUGAAGCAGACCAAUAUUUUGUGCAGCAUAUAUCUUUGUAAAACCACUGCACAUUAAUUACAAAAUGUGUGCUGCAGUUUAUGUGGAAAGGACUUGUGAAGUUGAAUGUUAGCAGAUAUUUAUAUACAAAGACUGGAGUUUAAAAGCAAGACUAGGACUGGCUAUGAACUGGCCAUUUUCAAGCUUCACUUAUUGGUUGCUAAAAAUAAAUUUCUGAAAAAAGAUCCUGUUUUUGUAAACCAUGAAUAUGGAAAUCACAAAAGGAAUAAAGAAUUGUUCAGAAGCAA